GAGCACAGCCAGCACAAGGGCUGGGUUAUGUUAUACUGCCAUUCAAAGCCCCCUCCCUUUGGAACCUUGGUCAAAAUGCGUUUUUGGUGUGUUACACCAGUUUUCUACUUGUUUCUGUCAAGGUUUGAUGCCGGAAAAGACAACUACAUAGACCUGAUGGAGCUGAAGCUGAUGAUGGAGAAGCUUGGAGCUCCACAGACACACCUCGGCUUGAAGAACAUGAUCAAGGAGGUGGACGAGGACCUGGACAACAAGCUCAGCUUCAGAGAGUUCCUGCUGAUCUUCAGGAAGGCAGCAGCAGGAGAGCUGGCAGAGGACAGCGGCCUCUGCGCCCUUGCUCGCCUCUCUGAAAUCGAUGUCUCCACAGAGGGGGUCAAAGGAGCCAAGACCUUCUUUGAAGCCAAAGUCCAGGCCAUCAAUGAGUCCAACCGGUUUGAGGCAGAGAUCCGCCAGGAGCAGGAGGCCAAGAAGAAGCAGGCGGAGGAGCAGAAACAGAGACGCGCCGCUUUCAAAGAGCUGCAGUCGGCCUUCAAGUGACCGCCCCUCUCUCCUCUUAGGACCCGUCACUCUCUGUGCUGCACUAAUGUCGUCAGUUUGUCAAUGUGUGUGUGUUUGAAUGCGUGUGUCGGUGCGUGUCAGACAGCGGUAGUCCUGAGUCUCACACAGGCUCUCACAUGCUGGUCACUAGUCUAUGAUACAACAGACUGAAUACCUUCUGAAAAAUCAGCCCUGUUUAUGAAGAUGGCAGAUAAAGAAUGAUCUGUUCAUUUAG